CACUCACUCUCUCUCUCAUCAAAGCGACCUCAAUUUUUUUAAACACGCAGAACACACACUGAUUCUCCACUUUCUAUCUCACGCACAAAAACGGAGGAGAGACAAAUUACAAGGAAAUUAAGAACUUGGGACGAUAUAAAAUAGUAUAUAUCAUUAUUCUGAAGGAAAGGGGUAAGAAAAAGCAGACAAAGAUUAUUACUUCUCUGUUUUUUCAAUCUUUGGAGAAAGCAGAGGAUCAGGAAAUCCCUGAAUUUAUUCUAGCGCGGCGUUUGGCGUUAGCGCGAAAUCGCCGGCCGUCGUUUCGCAGCCGGGAGAUGGCCGUUCGGACCCAGGCGCAUCCGGCUAUUGUUUCUUCUUACAGGGUCUUGAUUUUCUUCCGACACCGCAUUGCCAGCGGCCCUACUUGAAAAAAGUUUCAAAUUGAUUAUUGCUUUCAUUUUUGAGUUUGUUGUUCCAAGAAAGGAAACGGGAAGCAAAUAUGGUGGUGAAGGGCAGUUGUUGGUGGGAGAAGCUCCGGAGGGGCGUACGGACGGUGUAUUUCAUGGUGGUGAUGGUGGCGUCGCUUCUGGUGGUCUCAUUGCCGGUGGUGGUCUCGGUGGCUGACGCCGUUUUGCCUUGUUUGUUAAUUCCCAGCUUCACGUGUGUAAAAUGUUAUAGUUUUAGGGAGCAUUUGCAGAGAUACGCGUUCAAGAGCUCGCUUAUGGAUAUUCCCCUUGUUUCCAUCAUCAGAUCUCUCAUCAUCACCUGUGUAUAUUCAAUCUGCGAUGGGCCAGCACUGUCCCAUGGGCCCUAUCUUGGAACUGUAUCGUUCUGCUCCUUUGUUUCAAUACUAGUCCUAUCCGUCAAGGCUUGUGUUUUCACUUUCAAUUCUCAACUUGAGGCUGAAGCUUCAGCUUCUCUUUCAAGGAAGAGGCUCCAUCUGAAGAAAUCUUGGGGAAUGCCUGUCUUGUUUCUUUCUUCUGUAGUUUUUGCUCUGGGACACAUUGUUGUUGCCUACCGCACAAGUUGUAAAGCUAGGAGGAAACUUAUUUUUCACCGUGUUGAUCCAGAAGCAGUUCUUUCGUGCAAAACGGUUUUCUCUGGUUAUCAGAAGGUUCCACGAUCACCCACUCCAUCUGCUGGAAAAUCUUUUAGAAGUGAUGGUGAAACAAGGAGAAAAGCACCAGGUUUGGUCCGUGAUGAUGGGGAGUUUCCAGUUUGUUUACUUGCUGAUGUAGACAGCUUAUUCAUUUCUUGUCAAGGGCUGACAGUUCACUACAAGCUAAGCAUGCCAGGAUCGCAUUACCGUUCCUUGUCCUCCACUACCUUUUUUAACCAGCCUUCCCAAAGCAUACCACUAAAAGGUCAAUACAAUAUUCACAGGAGCAUCAGUAACCAAUUCCAUAGCAGCAGUUCCCCUCUCUAUACGCCUCUCCUGGACACCUCUCCGACAUCUCCACUAUCCGAACAUGUACCUAUCUUGAGCUUAAAUGAAAAUACUGAGGAGGAUGAACAGACCAAACUGAGGCCUCCACCAACAGGACAAGAUCUGGAGGCCAAUCAACAAUUUGGGAUUGUUUUAAUCCAUGGAUUUGGAGGGGGAGUCUUCUCAUGGAGAAAAGUAAUGGGCGUUCUGGCCAGACAAAUUGGUUGCACCGUAGCUGCUUUUGACAGGCCUGGAUGGGGUUUGACAUCAAGGCCAAGAAAGAAGGAAUGGGAGGACAAUCAAUCGAGUAAUCCUUACAAGAUUGACAAUCAGGUGGAGCUGCUUCUUUCCUUUUGCUUGGAAAUGGGGUUUUCCUCAGUCGUGCUUGUUGGGCAUGAUGAUGGUGGACUGCUUGCCAUGAAGGCUGCACAAAAAGUUCAGUCAUCAGCAAAUUCUAUGAAACUUGAAAUAAAAGGGGUUGUGCUACUUAACGUAAGCUUGUCAAGGGAAUUGGUUCCCUCCUUUGCGAGGAUACUAUUGCGCACUUCUCUUGGAAAAAAGCACUUGGUGCGUCCUCUUCUUCGAACAGAAAUAACUCAAGUGGUUAAUCGCCGUGCUUGGUACGAUGCAACCAAACUAACCACAGAAGUCUUAAGCCUAUACAAGGCCCCACUGCAUGUAGAAGGUUGGGAUGAGGCGCUUCAUGAAAUUGGAAAACUUUCAUAUGAAACAGUCUUAUCACCACAGGAUGCAGCAUCACUGCUGAAAGCAGUAGAAACUUUGCCAGUUUUAGUUAUCACGGGGGCUGAGGAUUUCCUUGUCCCUCUAAACUCUGUCCAAACCAUGGCUUCUAAACUUGUAAAUUCUAGACUGGUAGCGAUAUCUGGUUGUGGCCAUCUUCCACACGAGGAAUGCCCCAAGGCACUGUUAGCUGCUCUAUCACCUUUCAUUGCUAGGCUUUGAUUAGAACCAGAAGAAGUGCAGAGCCAAUAGAGUUAUUACUAGUCAUCUUUAAAAUAUUUAGUUUGUGUUUGACGGCCUCCCUCGUUUUCCUUUUUUUAUUUAUCACUUUGUUUCUUGUAAAUAGUGCAAAAGGAGUGACCAAGUUCAUCUCUCCUUUUGGGUAUCUCUUUGAUGCCUUAGUUUCUAUUUCCUGGGUUUUAGUACUUUUUGUUUCACUGUUUUCUAUUGAAAUGUAUUGCUGCCCGAGCUUGUCCUAAAAGCUCACAGUUAUUAGCCUCUUGA